AUGGCCAGGCGCCUUGGCCAGCUGCGCGGGUUGGUGAGCUUCCUGGUGAGCGUGGCGGUCUUGGGCCAGGGAGAAGGGCAGGCGGGAGCCUCCUUCGGCGAGAGCUGCCUGGCGCGGUUUACCGCUGGGAAGCCGGAGUUCGUGCUGGACAUCGACGCCUCCGUGCAAAACGGAGCCACUUUCCUGGCGUCUCCUCCUCUGGAAGGGAACCGGGACUGCAUGAGAGCUUGCUGUAAGAACCCGGAGUGUAACUUGGCCCUGGUGGAGCAGAGCCAGGGAGAGGAAGACACCAUCCAGAGUUGCUUUCUCAUGAACUGCCUCUACGACCAGGCCUUUGUCUGCAAGUUUGCCAAGAAGGACGGCUUCCUCAAUUAUAUCGAGAGGGACAUGUAUGAGGCCUAUAUAUCUAUGCUGGGACAAGGCAAUGGUGGUGAUCGGCCCCCAGUAGCCCGUGCUCGGGCAGACGUGAAAGUGCAGCCUGGUGAGCAAGUAAUACUGAGGGGCGCAGAAAGUUCUGAUGACCAUGGAGAUUUGCGUUAUGAAUGGACACUUCAUGAUGGUGAUUCCCCCGUGAUUAUAGAGAAAGAGAGCGAUCAUGCAGUGGUCACCAACUUGAAGGAAGGGAUAUACGUCUUCCGACUGACAGUGAUCGAUACGGCUGACCAGCAGGACUCAGUCGAUGUCACUGUCACUGUACUGAAUGCAGAACAGACCACAGAACACUGCUUGGCUCCUUCGAAGGUGGGGCGGUGUCGAGGUGCCUUCCCUCGCUGGUACUAUAAUCCAACAAUAAUGCAGUGCGAGAGCUUCAUCUUCGGGGGCUGCAAACCCAACAAGAACAAUUACUUAUGGGAAGAAGAAUGCAAACUUGCCUGCAAGAAUGUUGCAGGUGCUGUUGAAGAACGGCAAGAACCAGUGUGCAAUGAAGAGUGCCCACCCUACUAUUUCAAAUGCAAAGAUGGAUGUUGUAUUGAUAGUUUCCUGGAAUGCGAUGACACCCGUGAUUGCUCAGACGGGUCAGAUGAGGAGUCUUGUGAGUCAUAUGUUCAAGCAUUCAAUAAAUUACAGAAGAUCAAUGUUACAGCCAGCCAAGGUCACUGUGUUGAUUUGCCAGACACUGGGUUGUGCCAAGAAAGCAUAUCCCGCUGGUACUACAAUGCAUUCGCUGAGAAAUGUGAUCGCUUCACCUAUGGAGGCUGUGAAGGCAAUAAGAAUAAUUUUGAAAAGGAAGAAGACUGUAUGAAAUCCUGUGAAGGCAUCACGAAGGCCGAUGUGAUUGGCCAGAGGUUGAGUGGAUACGAGGCUCGGCGUGCCCAUUUAAGCUCCUUUGAAGUGGCCAUUGCCGUGCUCCUUGGUGUCUGCAUUAUGGUUGUAUUGGCAAUCCUGGGCUACUUCUUGCUCAAGAACAGAAAGGCCUAUCGCCGGCGACGCCAACCAGUCACUGCUGCCAACUCCACUCUCUCUUCAGUUCUCUCCACCACUGAGGACACCGAGCACUUGGUUUACAACAGUACUACGAAGCCUAUUUGA